AUUGCUCGUCGCUUGCAAGAACUCAAUCGUGGAUGGAGUGGAGAUCGAAUUUUCCAAGAAACAAGAAAAAUUAUUGGAGGAAUUCUCCAGCAUAUUCUCUACAAAGAGUAUCUGCCAAAAUUGCUCGGUGUCGCCCAUGCAAAGGUCAUUGGUGAUUACCACGGCUACGAUAAAAAUGUUGAUGCGACAAUCGCGAACGAAUUCACGACGUCCGCGUUCCGAUGCGGACAUGGUAUGAUUGAGGUAGAACUGGAUUGA